UUUUUAUUUUUUUUUUUUUCUAUUUCAAUAUAUACACAUUCAUAUUUAUUUAAAAAUGGCGUCAAAUCAAGAAAUGCUAGAUAGAAUUGCAAAACUAAGUAAUGCAAUUGAACAACAAAAAAUGUUGACAAACAGUAUAAGAGGGAAAAGAGGAAGUUAUGUUUCUCGUAGUCGUGGUAGAGGAAGCUUCAUUCCACCUUAUAGCAAUCUUCGUGGCAGAGGCGGCAUUCCUAUUCAAAAAUCAAUGUCACCUAUCCGACAGAAUAUUUAUUAUCCUUCUAAUAAAUAUGUUAAUCCUUCAAUUUCAUUACCUUCUUCACCUAAUCGUACUUUAAUUUUAACAAAUAAUAAUAAUGUGGCUCAGCCCUCAACUCCAUUAAUAAAUCAACCAAUUCCAGAAAGUAAAAGUCAUCAUAGAAAGCUGAUUAUUAAUCAUAAAGGCACUAAUACAACAACAAACAGUACAAUGGUUAAAUCAAUCGAUCCCUUGUCCGGAAGGAAACAAGUUACUAUUAACGGAGCUGAUUUUGUAGUAAAAGGAAAGAAAUUAAUUAGAAAGGAUUUACUUGAUUCCAAUAAUAACCCAGUUCAAUCUAAUCACUUGAUCACAGCUCCAAAAGUAUUAAUUAGAAGAUCCAUAAAAAGUUUAAAGAAAAGAGAUAAAAAUAAAAAUAUGGUCUUAGGAAAAAUAGUUCCUAAACAAAUACGUCGUCAUGGUAGUAGUACAAGUAUUCAUCGUCAUAAAAAGGGUAAUAUGGUCUUUAAGCGUGGUCCUGAAGGUUAUGUACGUCAAGGUCGAACUGGUAAAUCGCUCGUCUUGAAUUCACGCACCACUACAAUAAAAAAACCUCGAUAUUGUGGAUUUUAUACAAGAUAUGGUAAAUGUCCUAAUGGCUCUCGAUGUCCAUUUUUACAUGACCCUAAUAGGCGUGCUAUAUGCCCUCGGUUUCUACAGAAUAGAUGCAAAAAGACGGCUAGUACCUGUCGAUUAUCACAUACCCCUAGUCCUCAUAUUAUGCCUCAUUGUGUACAUUUUCAAAAGGGACAUUGUACAAAUGACCCUUGUAUCUACAUGCAUGUAAAAGUGAGUUCCGAUGCUCCUGUGUGUCGAGCAUUUGCUAUGGAAGGCUAUUGUCCUAAGGGUCUUGAGUGUGAUGAAAAACAUAUUCAUGUUUGUCCAGAAUUUGCAGAAACAGGUAAAUGCUCAAAUGCAAACUGCCGGUUACCUCAUGUCGCUAGACGUACAGCAACAACAUCAACAGCAACUAAUAAUAAAGAUGGCAAGAAACAAAGCGGUAUUGUUCGUCUUAGUAGCUGGAUGAGCCCUUCUUAUUUCUAUGCCCAGAAAACAGCUAAGGCUGAAAAGAAAAAGGUGAUUGAAGAGGCAGCUGCUUCUAAAGUUUGGACACAUCCUGAUUUAAAAUCAAUGCAAGGAAAUAAACCUAUAACAAGUAAAGAUGAAAUCCGAGAAAAGGAAGAAGCAGAAGGCUUUAUUCGUUUAUUUGACGAGAGUGAUGAUGAUGAUGGUUGGUCACAAUAUGAGAUUGGAAGCGAUGUUGGUGAUUCUGAGUCUUUACGUUUCAAAGAAGAGGAAGAAGGAUCAGAUGAAGAAUUAGAAGAUGAGUUAGAGGAAGGGGAAAUAAAUGAAGAUACAGAAAAUUUAAAUAUAAUAGAUCAAAAAGAAGAUGAAGGAAUGAAGGAAACAGAUGAGGAGAGUGAAGAUGAAUUUCAGGAUGCAUUAGAGGAAUUAAUAGAUGAAGAAGAUACAGACAAUGAGGACAAUAGUGACAGUGAUAUUGAAGAAAUUUACGAAGAAGUUUCUGACAUAGAAAUGACAGAUGAUGAUAAUGACCAAUAAAAAAAUACAUAUUCACGUAUACUGCUACAGAUCCAACUUAACACAACUAUAGCACAGUAAGUGUAUUAUAUAUAUGUUAUCCUUUUUUUUUUU